AGGCGGGCGGCGCGGCGGGAAGAUGGGACUGCUCGUGUUCCUGCGCAACCUGCUGCUCGCGCUCUGCCUCUUCCUCGUGCUCGGCUUCCUCUACUACUCCGCCUGGAAGCUGCACCUGCUCCGCUGGGAGGACUCCAAUUCAGUGGUUCUUUCCUUUGACUCCGUUGGACAUACGAUAGGCUCAGGAAGGAGAGAGAGAAAAACUGUGGCUCUUGUGGUCCCGCUGUCCGUCCCACCUCACCUUGCUGCAGACCCAGGAAAAGAGAGAGCCCAGAAAGAACUCAAAGAAACAAUGGCAGCUCCAGGCCCGGCCAUUCCUAAAUAUGACAAACUGGGCUUUCUCCUGAACCUGGACUCAAAAUUGCCUCCAGAAUUGGCAUCAAAAUAUGCAAAUUUCUCUGAAGGAGUGUGCAAGCCUGGUUAUGCAUCGGCGCUCAUGACUGUCAUCUUCCCAAAGUUCUCCAAGCCGGCACCAAUGUUCUUGGAUGAUUCCUUCAGGAAAUGGGCACGUAUCAGGGACUUUGUACCUCCCUUUGGAAUUAAAGGACAAGAUAAUCUGAUCAAAGCCAUCCUGUCAGCAACCAAAGAUUACCGCCUAACUCCAGCUCUUGACAGUCUCAGCUGUCGACGAUGUAUUAUUGUGGGAAAUGGUGGAGUACUUGCAAAUAAGUCGUUGGGGUUAAAAAUUGAUGACUAUGAUGUUGUUGUCAGGCUGAACUCGGCUCCAGUAAAGGGCUUUGAAAAAGAUGUGGGUGGCAAGACAACUCUCCGGAUCACGUAUCCUGAAGGUGCAAUCCAGAAAAUGGAGCAGUACGAGAAGGAUUCGCUGUUUGUUCUGGCGGGAUUCAAAUGGCAGGAUUUCAAGUGGCUGAAAUACAUUGUUUACAAGGAGAAAGUGAGUGCCUCUGAUGGCUUUUGGAAGUCAGUUGCAACCCGUGUCCCAAGGGAACCUCAUGAGAUACGUAUCCUGAACCCCUACUUCAUCCAAGAGGCAGCUUUCAGCUUCAUUGGACUGCCUUUCAACAACGGCCUGAUGGGCAGAGGGAACAUCCCUACCUUGGGAAGUGUAGCAAUAACCAUGGCUCUCCACAACUGUGAUGAGGUGGCAGUAGCUGGAUUUGGCUAUGACAUGAGCUCCCCAAAUGCACCACUGCACUACUAUGAGAACAUCAAGAUGUUGGCCAUCAAAGAGUCGUGGACACACAACAUCCAGCGGGAGAAGGAAUUCUUGCGGAAGCUGGUGAAAGCCCGAGUCAUCACUGACCUGACCAGUGGGAUUUGAGUGGCUGCAGCCGCUGCCUCAAAGGGAGGAGAGGAAGACACACACUGCAGCGCUGGGAGCAGGCACUGGCAGCCCUCUGCGAGGAUCCCACCUCACUGGAGACAAGCAGAGAUGCCCAGGUGCUCCGGGACGGCCCUCUCGCAUUGCCAGGCUGCACAGGGGCUGCAUCUGCUGCCUCCAGGCCGAGAGCUGGCAGGAGGUGGGCAGGAGACUGAGCGGGCCCUUCCUGAACUCUGCAUAGCAGACGGCUCUUCUGUGUCUAGCAUUAAAUGGGAAAGACUCAGGAGAGAGAAGAGAGGUUUGUGAACAAAACAAUUUGUGCCAAAUGGGAGGCGGUGCUGCCCUGAAGCAGCAAUGCCUGAAUGUACAAAGUAUUAUUUUUUAAAAGAAAAACUGCUGGAAUCAUACUAGAAAUACCAAGGUGCAAAGCAAAGCCUGCUUGUGCACAGCCCUGCAAAAAGCUCGGCCCCCUCCACGCUCCAUCUGCAUUGCCACUGGCCUCAGAUUUUCCCCAGGAAAACAAAUCCGUCCAAAACUUCAGUGUUGUUGGUGCUGCUAUAAUUUAAAGGGAGAAUGGCUUGCCCUCAUUCUCCACUUGAAGUUUCUGAUUGGGGAUGAGUAUGGGUUUGUUUUUCUGCUCCUUUCCUUGCUUCCUGCAUAGAGGCAGCAACAGCGACCACUUGUUAGGCUGCAUUUUCCAUAGCUGUUGCUCUGYCCCGACCCCAGCGUGGAGCAGGGAGCCAGGGGCUGUGUCUGCCUGCAGCAGACCCUCGCUGCCUUCCUGCCCGUCCCGGCACUGAGGAACCUGCCUYGCUGAGCUCAAGCCUUCCAGGCCUCUUGGGGUGUGCCUGCUAUGCAGGACCCUUGAGGAGUCCCUGCAGUUUGGUGUCACCAUUUCUGACAGCAUCUCGCUUUAUUUUUACGUGGGAGAGGAGUAACUUAUGUUUUGGAAGGAGGUCACAUCUUGUGUGGCGAUCUGAAGCUUUCCAGUGUUUAAGAGCAGGCGGCCGAAGAUGUUUGUUCCACGUUCCCGACUCGCUUGCGUUUCCUAUUUAAGUGACUCGUGACCUCCACGGUGACGGAGCCCGCUGGCAGGCCCGGGGGAGCCCGCUGGGAACCUGUGCCCUCCGCUUGGCCCCUGCUCACUUCAUUUCCACGCUCCCUCCAUGCUGCUCUAGCACUGCUGCUCCCAGGAGCACGUCCCUUCCUUUGCCGUCUUGGUCCCGAGAUGCAGUAUUUGCACAUUUGGUUUGUGUACGUAUUUCAGAGGAGCUGGAAUAAACUGAGCACCGCGCCCGAGUGCGAGGACAGUGAGGGGGUCUCACCCGCGUGGCGAGCGUGGCGGAGCGGGGAGCGCCGGGGUGGUGGGCGCAGCGGGAACGCGCUCCCGCUCCCGUCCAGCCUGCAAGGGACCAGACUGCGCCCGCAGARGGUGCCCCAAGCCGUGUCCCUGCGUGUCGAGGCACCCGUGUGCUGCCAGACCCAAAGAGGUCAGUGAUGGGGGGCUCCARGAGGGCUUGUGGUCACAGUGCUCAAUCCAGCCCCCUGGGCUGGAGGGGGAGCUCAGCCUUAGCCCCCACCCACGUGAAUGGGGAAAGGAUGCUCAGAGCAGCCUCGCAGGGGUGCCCAGGCCRUCCUGCCCCUGCUGCCUUGCCGAGGGUCGUGGCUCCUGGGCGGAGACCACACAGGGGAUGAGCAGUGAACCAGGCAUGGGGUGGARGAGUAAACUGUACCAAAUGGUUAAACGAGGCUGCAGGAAGAGGCAAGUCUCAGUCUUGACAUGGUGCUGGACACGUCUUCAAGUAGGGGAUGCCUCCCUGGAGCCUUCCCUGUGCAGGGCACCCGGUGUGCCCAUAGCCCAGGAGCCUGACCGGGGAUGAGUCCUGGUGCAGCCUCUGCCCCAUCUCCUGCAGCUCCCAGGGGACAGAGGUGCUGAGAUGCUCAUCC